UUUGUCCCCACUACUAACUCCUCCCUUGAAAAUCACCACACUUUUUCAUCAUCGGAAAAAAGCCCACUCGAAAAGCACAGGAGAAAACAAAAAUCUCACUCGCAGCUUUUAUUGCCGUAUAAACCUCAAAGAAUCAAAACCCCUAACUCCGGUAGCUGAUAUGGCGGCCAACCCGCCGGCAGGUUACGCUUCCGACGAUUUCCUAGAACAAAUGCUUGCGAUUCCUUCGUACGGCGGUCUCGGUGGAGCCGACGCCGCCAACGCCUCGGGGACUUCGUCACUAAGCGAUACUGUCUCCCAGCUCGGUCCAUCCGCCGCCGCCAACCUCCACCACCCACCGCCGAUGUUUCCUUUGAGCCUGAGCCUGGACAACGGCCGCAACGCAGUAAAAAGCUACGGCGACACUGCCGUGAGGCCAGGAAGGGAAGCAGUUAAUAACAGCAUAAGGAGCUUACAUCCGGUUUUUGAUCAUUUACAGGCUCAUGCAUUUCGCCAUCCCGUGCCUCAAGUUCCACAGGCCUUUCAAGGUAUGCCAAGAGAAAGCAUGGCUGUAACCGUGCCACACCCGCCUGUCAUCAGGCCUAGAAUUCGGGCAAGAAGAGGCCAAGCAACGGACCCCCAUAGUAUUGCUGAGCGGUUGCGUAGAGAAAGGAUAUCUGAAAGAAUCAAGGCUCUGCAAGAACUUGUUCCCAGCUGCAACAAGACUGAUAGGGCUGUUAUGCUCGACGAGAUACUGGACUAUGUGAAGUUCUUAAGACUUCAAGUCAAGGUUUUGAGCAUGAGUCGGCUAGGCGGUGCUGGUGCAGUGGCACAACUUGUUACCGAUAUACCCUUUCAGCCCAUUGAGGACGACACCGGUGAAAACCAGCACGUGUGGGAAAAAUGGUCGAAUGAGGACACAGAGCUUGAUGUGGCUAAACUCAUGGAGGAAGAUGUAGGGGCUGCAAUGCAGUUGCUUCAGUCAAAAUCACUCUGCAUCAUGCCUGUUUCACUUGCCACCCUUAUCUAUCCCACUAACCAAUCAGAUGUCCCGAAUCACGUCAAAUCCGAGCCCUCAGCCCCUCUUUAAAGAAAAAGAAAACGAAAAAAAACACAUUCAAAUAUUUGAUUUCAUAUAAAUGUAUUUAACAUUUCCAGUUUUUUGUUCGGGUGGAUGGUUCGCUCGUCAUUUUCCCGUCAGUUUGGUUUCAGGUAGAGUCACAGGUGGUGUUUUGUCCAAGUGCAUUCUUGUAGUAAAUGGGCUAUGAAUGAUGUUAUUAGUGUACUGGAUUAAACAUAUGUUGCGUUGCGCGUAGUAGUUUAAAAAUUACAUUUUUUUUUUUCCUCUCAUAGAACUAACUGUCUUGCUAACUUCCUGUUGAUGGGCUUUCUUAUACUCGAGAUAAAGUAAUAUUGAGAAGACGUUUAUAAGAAGAUUUCGUAGUAUUUUAUAGUAUUUGCAACAAAAAUACGAGGUGGUGAAAAGACAUUUAUUGAAGUAAUUGACAGGUCCUGUGAAAG